GAUGUUUUUUAUUUGCCUUCAAGAAAUCUCGCCAAGCUUCAAAAAUAAACUCGGGUUUCUAUAAUGAAAAUGUUCUUGCAGUACAACCUGGAUUUUUUGUAUCCCGUUUGGUGCGGCCUUUCCAAAAAUAGUAGCAACAUACUAUUUCGGUUGUAGAAGGUUAUGCUUUAUGGGAAUUUUAGAAUAUUUUUAGGGCUCUACCAAAAUCAAUAAGCGUGCGUAUUAUUCCUUAUCAUGCCCGUCAAUUUGAAGAACUGAACAAAAACCCUGUGGAGGGUUUUUCUGCAGGCCUUAUAGAUGAUAAUGACAUCUACAGAUGGGAAGUACUCAUAAUAGGUCCUCCUGAUACAUUAUAUGAGGGAGGUUUUUUCAAAUGUCAUCUUUAUUUUCCGAAGGAAUACCCACUUAGGCCACCAAAAAUGAAAUUUGUAACAGAAAUUUGGCAUCCUAAUAUUGAUAAGAAUGGUGAUGUAUGUAUUUCAAUAUUGCACGAACCUGGAGAUGAUAAAUUUGGUUAUGAAAAAGCCUCGGAACGGUGGUUACCAGUACAUACAGUAGAAACUAUUUUAAUAUCAGUUAUUUCAAUGUUAGCCGAUCCUAAUGAUGAAUCACCUGCCAAUGUUGAUGCUGCGAAAGAAUGGCGAGAAUCAUACUCAGAAUUUAAACGGAAAGUAGCAAGAUGUGUCCGGAAGUCACAAGAACAAGAGGAGUGUUAGGACUGUAUUAAAUUUGAAUUGAUAAACAACUAAUUAUAUAAAAACCCAUAAUUGAUUUGAUUCCCGGGCUGUUAAAAUCUACGUGACUUUUUGUAUGUCGUUUCCGUAGUUUUUUAUACAACUUAAUAAUAGUAAUAUACUUUUUAAACAUUCGAUAGACUUCAACAUGCCGCCGGAAUCAAAUCACGUGUUUCAACAUUUCUUUCUUGUGUUUUUUAAAUAUAAUUUUGCGAUCUCAACAACAACUGAGAAUUUUUUUUUUAAAUUAGGAAUCCGAAAUAAAUUUUUAGUUUAAUUUUAUUACAAUUUGAAUAAAUGUCACCUUGAUUUGAAAAUUGAUUUGCAUUUUUUGUUGUCACGACUGGUCUUGUAAAAAGUUUAUGCUCUGCAGAGAUUGGUUCCUAUUUUAACUGGAAGUAUUUAAAGGAAGACGCACAAACAUUGUCUGUCUGAUCUUUUGAAUAAGUUUUCUCAUUUACAUAGAGAAAGCGAGUUCUCAUUUACAUUUUAUUUUUAAUUUUAUUAUUAAUUUAAUGCCGGGUUUCACCAACAAAUCUUAAGCUCCAGCUUAGUCUAGCUCAGCUGUUAGAUAGGGCCGCUUUAAGUCUCACUUACGUUGCACCAUAAUUCUCGAUUCUUAUCUAAGCGCGUCGUAACUGAGAUGAGGUUUAAGAUGCAGUCCACGUGGCAAUCCAUUGUGGCAAGCUGAAAAUUGAUCUAAGACUCAAUGGUGCAACGCGUGUUUCGUAAGCUGAGUUUAAGACGUUUCUUAAGCUGAAGAUCUGUUGGUGCAACCAGGCAUAAAAUAUCUGUGAAUUUCACAUUAAAAGAGAAUCGGUCAUUAUUAUCACUGGAGUACAUUAUUUCGUUUUGCUUAAAAACCAAAAUCUGUGAUUCUAAAUUCAAAAUGACAAUAUUGAUCUGACACAAUAAACUGUCCGUUUUCACGAUUGCUGUGUAUUAUUUUCACAACUCAACUACUUAGGUUAGGUUAGGUUCAAUAUGAGUGGGUGCUUAACCAGCAUUCCAUAUGAUCUAAGAAAUCUAUUGUGGCUUAUCCCUUGGUAAAAGUUGUCCUUUUAGCCCAGCCUUUUGACCAAAGUCUAUUGUGGCCUUUGGUGACACUUCUACAAAGUUAUAGGGAUCGAGUUGAUAAUGCUCAAAUGUAUUAAGCCUUAUCCUAUCCAACCCUGGGCAGUAGCACAGAAAGUGUUCCGCCGUAUUGUCUUUAGCCUGACAAAAACUGCAAUCGUCUCUUUUUGUCGGUCCGAUCUUCAUGUGCUACUGGAGGUGACAGCAGUGACGGAAACGUCGAGGUUGUGUAUGCAGUUAAUCGACUCGAUCUUUACAAACAGGAAAUCUUGUGAACUGCCCUCAUAGACUUGCUGGUGGCACUCCUCUGUUAUGUGCUUGAUAGAUUGGACCUCACCGCUGCAUGGUGGUGAUGAUAGCUUACCCCAUUUGUGCAACAUAUACGCACAUCGACCAGGUUGAGUUCUGAUGUGAUGAAGUUCGCACCAGGUCUUACGUGGUAGGUCAAAUCCAGGAGGUGUUUCUGUGAUGCAAGGUGUGACUGUAUUUGGUUGAGCUUCCGAACAUUUAUGGAUUCACUUGGUGAUCAUGUUGAACCCGGUGGCUGUGGUUGAUUCUGCGGUUUGUAUUGAAGAUUUUCUGGAGCGCAGUCGACUUUUGGUUGCAUCUUCCAUAUAGUUAUGAAUCGGCAGCGCCGUGUUGCUAAGGAUCUUGUUAUAUUAUUCGGUUAGGAGACCGCACGUUUGAGACCAGUUUGUUUGUACCAGUGGUUAGUUUCAUCCGUUCCAACCAGUCCAUUCAGUUCUUUUGGUUGUGCUUCUUGCAAUACCAAUGAAAGGUUCGGAGCCUGUGCAUGUUUAUAGGCAUCCAGAGUAAGCUUACUAUUAUUGCUGAUAAAUGGUGAAGUAAAUUUCUACUUUAUUUUUUUAUUUGAUGUACUGAAUAAUUUCACCAAAUUAUGAGAUAAUAUAUUACCUAAUUUUUUCUAACGGUAGUUUCUGUGAGGGUUAAAAUGCCUUAUGUUAUAGAGAUAAAUAUAAAUUUCGGCCUAGUUUUUAUCUACAAUAAAUGGUUCAUUGUAUAAAACAUUGUCCAUUGUUGUAAAAUAUAAAAAUUUUCUUUUUUCUCUCUGCUUGCUUUUUGUUUCUUGAGUGAUGUUGGUAAAUUUUAUGUAUAAAAGACAAAAAAUGUAAUAAUAUUCAAAAGUUCAGAAGAUAUUUGUGCGUAUUUCUUUGUUUUUUUUUUAUUUUAAAAAGAAUAAAAUUCAGUGAAUCUAUUUAAGCUAAUACAUUAGUGUUUUUAAGACAAACAAUAUGUUCAAAUAGUAGAUGUCAGAAAUUUUUUUGAUGUUUUGAUGGUUACAAUCUGAGUCGUGUGGUCCUGAAACUUAUUUCUUGUGAAUUUUUAUAUCAACUACUGUAUUUUGUUUCCAAUUUGUUUGAAAUUGUUCCCAAAAUACCAAUCAAACAAAUCAUUAUUACUCGAAAAUAGAAAAAAAAUCCUUAUAGUUUAAUUUUAUGGUUUAACUCAUCCAGUUUUCUUCAUGCCAUUAUUUUGUUCCAUAUUUUACUAAAAUGAAGAUAAAGGAACAAUAGUCCUGCUGUAGAUCUGUUUAGUUUUAUAAUUAUUGUAUACCUAACUUGCAAUACCUGACAAAAAAGGUACACCUGUACCUCCAUCUACCAGUGAGAAGACAAAAGAUUCCUUCGUUCAAGAAAACAAUCACCCCUCAUACCUCAUCUUUCAGGAAUUAAGUGCAUCAGAUUAAUUACAAAAUUUUCGAGUAAAUAUCUACUCAACAAUAUAUUUUUCCAGUAUUGUAGAAUUUUUAUCAAGACUUCUUGACUUUCUGUCAAUUCAACACAUGCCUUUACAUCUAUGUGUUUAUUUAUACAGGGAAAAAUUGUCACCGGUUGACCUGUAUAAAACCAUAACCUCAAAUUAGAACCAAAAGACUACAAUUUACAUAAUUUAUGACACUUUAGCUGGGCUUUUGUGUACGUUAUGGUGUAACUACUGUAAUAGGUGCGUUCGCGGGUACAGUUGACAAAUUGUCGUCGACAAUUUCUAACCUCACUUAAUAUAAAUAAUACCGUUAAUAGAUAUACAAGGUAUAUUUACUUUUAAUUAAUAUUCAUAACCAAUUAUUAAAUUAUACCAUGUAAAUAUACCUUGUAUAUUUAUCUAUUAACGAUAUUAUUUAUAUUAUUUUAAAGUGCGCAUGCGUGUUCUGAUAAUUUAUCCAAUUUUCUGACAAUUUCAGGUACCCGCGAACGCAACUUAUAACAUUGUCUUUUUAAAAGCACAAUAUGUUGAGCAAAAAGUAGGACACUGUAUUGCCGAUGAUGAUAUUUAUUUGAUACUUCCAUUUGUCCAUUAUCGUAACUUUUAAGGUUAAGUUGUACUAUAUAAACUGUGUUAAGCCUUCGAAUUGUGGAUGAGUAAUUAAUUUUUUUUCAGAAUUUACCAAGCUUCAAGAGAGGUUUUAAAUAAUCGUAAGACAGUGAAAUGUCAAAAAACUUGUAAUUGCUCCUAGACAUUUAAAUUUUACUGUAACGCUGUAGGUAUCGUAAUUUAAGUAAAUUUUAUUAAAAAAUC